GAAUUCCGCUCGUUUUGAUAUUAUCAAGGUUACUCAGUUGACAUCAAGCUCAUCGUUCACUUAUUUGUCAUGUCAGGAAAAAAGGGCGAUGAAACUAAAUUCUGUGAACUGGCUGAGAAAGUCGUCAUGGAGCCCUACUAUUACACGUGCAAUACAAAUGGAAAAGGCUUACGUUCUGCAUUGAUGUCAGCCUUCAACUACUGGUUAAACGUCAAUGAGAGUACUUUGAAGCUCAUAUCAGACGUCAUACAAAUGUUGCACAACGCUAGUUUGAUCGUUGAUGAUAUUGAAGACGGUUCAUAUUUACGGCGUGGAAAACCUGCUGCUCAUCGUGUUUUUGGAAUUGCACCCUCUAUCAAUUCUGCAAACUUUGUGUAUUUCCUCGCCUUGGAAAAACUGUCUGUACUCAAUCGUCCUGAGUCAGUUAAAAUCUUUACAGAACAGAUGCUUGAAUUACAUCGGGGACAAGGUAUGGACAUACAUUGGCGUUCUUCGUUUCAAUGUCCUUCAGAAUCAGAAUACGAAGCUAUGGUUAUCUGUAAAACCGGUGGUUUAUUCGGAUUAGGUGUUCGUUUAAUGCAGCUGUUUUCUGAUGUUCAAACGAAUUAUAAACCACUUUUGGAUGCACUUGGUCUUUUCUAUCAGAUUCGUGAUGAUUAUGCAAAUUUGGUUGACAUGUCUUAUCAUAAUGCGAAAACGUAUGCAGAAGAUUUGACCGAGGGAAAGUUUAGUUAUCCUAUUGUCUGCGCUAUUAACCAUAAUCCUGGGGAUAAUCAAGUAAUGAAUAUCCUAUCGCAGCGUACCACAAAUCCAACAUUAAAAGCAUAUUGUGUGAAGCAUAUGCUGGAAUUGGGCGCAUUACACCAGACUGCGUUAAUGUUGGCUAGCCUAGAGGAUAAAUGUCGUCAACUGAUUCUUGAAUAUGGCGGUAAUCCACUAUUGUCGAAUUUGAUUGAUAAACUAAGCGACUUACAUCGUACACCUGAUGGUCAUUUACGACAUAUUACUGCUGAAGAUCUUCAGUUUUCCUCACAGGAAACUGCAACCUACAGUGAAGCUGGUCAUUCUUCUCGCCAUCAUUAAAUGAAACAACAAAGAGUAAUAGCAUAAUACUAUUGCCAAUAAUAAUAAUACUUCAGUAAAUUAUUAAAAUUUCGCUGAAUAAUAAUGUCUACAUUCUGUAAAAACGAAAGUGGAAGAAUGUGAUUUAACUUACAUGGAUUUCACCAAAGUGUAUAACCAGUCAAUAUUCUCACUCUCUAAUAUGCCAAUGUCUGUUCAAUUCUUCUCGAGUUUGUGAUGAAGUUUUUCGCCUAUAAGCAAAAUUAUUCUUACCUUAUUCCCAAUAUUAUUUUUGUCUUUUUUUGAACAAAAUACAUUUUUUUCUAAUUUCG